CUGAAGUGCUUAACUGUCAUUUUAUUGUUGAUGUUUUCGUAUUUCUCGAGUUCAAACUUUAUAAACAUUUGAUUAUUUAUAAUGUCAUACAUAUAUUUCUUGUUGUUAAUUAGUUUAAUAAGAACAGCGUUCUGUGUAAGAUGUUACCAAUGUGCCUCAUCACAAAAUAAAGAAGAGGAUACUUGCGGUGCAUACAAAAAAUUUGAUGUUGAUAGCCACAUAGCGGUUGAAUGUAACAGUGACGAAUCUCACAUGCCAGGAUCUUUUUGUAUGAAACUCACCCAACAAGGACCGAAAGGAUUUAUUUGGGAUGGUAGAUGGCGUCAAGUUGUAAGACGUUGUGCAUCUGUCGCUGAAACAGGUGUGACAGGGGUCUGUAACUGGGGUGUUUACCCUAAUGGUGUAUAUUGGGAGGAGUGUUAUUGCUCGGCAGAUGAGUGUAACAGUGCUACUAAUAUGAAAACAUCACUUGUUGCUAUGUUCAGUCUGUUGUCUGUGUUGUUUUAUGUCAGUGGGGUGUUAAUAUGA